UCCUCCUGCUCCUGCCGCGGGUGGGUGGCGGGAGGGGGCGGGCGGAGGGGGGAGGCGCGCCUCUCCUUCGCCCCGCACCGCCGCUGCCGCCCGAGAGGGCACGGCGGCGCGGCGCGCAACGGAGCUGCCGUCUGGCGGGAGGAAGCCCUGAGACGAGCCCCCGGGCAGAGAAGGAGCGAAAAUGGACAUCUCGCAGCUUCCCUGCGCACGUAUUUUUGUUUGUCAGGAUCUGGGGCUUCUGCUGGUCCUGAUGGAAGUCGUGCUGUCAGCUGGCCGAGUGGAUGCCGGUGGAAAGACUUACACAGGACCAUGUGGAGGCAGAGACUGCAGUGGAGGAUGUCAGUGUUUCCCUGAAAAAGGAAGCCGUGGCCAGCCAGGACUUCUUGGAUCUCAGGGGUUCACUGGUCCACCAGGAUUGAUGGGAAUCCCAGGAGUGCAAGGUCCCAAAGGUCACAAGGGUGAAAGAGGACAACCAGGAAUAAGUGGACCCAAAGGAGAAAUGGGGCAAAGAGGAGUCACUGGAUUCCCCGGGGCAGAUGGUGUGCCUGGUCAUCCAGGGCAGCCAGGAUCAAGGGGGAAACCAGGUCAUGAUGGCUGUAACGGGACAGUAGGUGACCCUGGUGACUCGGGAACUCCUGGAUUCUCUGGUUUCCCUGGUACCAUUGGAGUCCAAGGGCCAAAAGGCCAGAAGGGGGAACCCUAUAUACUGCCACCGGAUAUCACAAGCAGAUACAGGGGGGAACCUGGGGAGCCAGGGUUCAAUGGUUUUCCAGGACCUCCAGGUACGCUGGGUAUUCAAGGACCUCUUGGUCCAAGAGGAGAGCGAGGAAGACCAGGACCACCAGGGCCCCCAGGACCACAAGGACCACAAGGUAACAGGGGCCUUGGAUUCUAUGGAGAAAAAGGUGAACAGGGCCCUCCUGGUCCUCCAGGUCCACCUGGGCUUCCUACAAGAGAACUGAUGGGUGUCCCCUCUGACAAACACAAGGGUGAAAGAGGAGACCCUGGACAAAAAGGGGAAGCUGGAAUUCCAGGUGUACUCCUUCGUGUCCCUGAAAAAGGUGAAGAAGGGGUAAUAGGUUUCCCAGGACAAAGGGGACUGCCUGGCAUCAAUGGUUUUCCAGGACUUGGUGGAGAAAGAGGUUUUCCAGGAUUUGAUGGUCCACCAGGUGGCUAUGGUCCUCCAGGAGGCAAGGGGGAGCCAGGCGACAUUGGUCUUCCAGGACCAGAUUCCUAUCUUCCUUCCCACAUCCCAAGGAAAGGUGUAAGAGGUGACCCAGGCUUUCCAGGUGUUUCUGGACUACAGGGAGACCCAGGAGAAGAGGGAGAGCGUGGGCUGCCUGGUCUUCCUGGAUUUUCUGAUGCGGAUGGGGAUAAGCCAGGCUUACCUGGAGAAAUGGGACCGAAAGGUGAAAAAGGUGAAUCAGGAUCUCCUGCUUAUCAGGCAGGCCCGCCUGGCUUUCCGGGUAAACAUGGCACACCAGGACUCCGUGGUCCACCUGGUCCUGCUGGAGCCCCUGGUCCUCUCUUUGGGUUAAAAGGACAGGAGGGGACACCAGGUAGAUUUGGCAUACAAGGUUUCCCUGGGCCAAGAGGACAAAAAGGACCUAAAGGUGAAGAAGGGGAUUGCAGUACAUGCCUUUUGGACGAGGAAAGGAGAAGGGGCUCUACUGGUCCCCCUGGCCCUCCUGGCUUUCCAGGAACUCCUGGCCAGCCUGGGAGGAAAGGAGAACCUGGUGAUCAAGGACCACAUGGUAUUCCUGGCUACCCUGGAGCAAAAGGUUUUUCGGGUCAAGUUGGAUUUCCUGGUCCUAAAGGAGAAAAGGGAGAUUCUUUAUACAUAACUACUAAAGGUACCAAAGGAAUUCGAGGAGAUCCCGGGCUGCCUGGUAUCAGAGGUGGAGAUGGUUUUCCAGGCAGAGAUGGAUUAGAUGGUUUACCAGGACAGCCUGGCUUUCCGGGUGAUGCUGUCAGAGGUUUCCCUGGUGAUCCUGGUUAUCCAGGUGAAUUAGGCCCAAAGGGCUUUCCAGGAGAAGCAGGCCUGCCAGGUGAAGGAUUUCCUGGUCCAAAAGGGUACCGGGGUCCUCCAGGUGACCAUGGACAAGAUGGAAGCCCAGGACCUCCAGGUCUGCCCGGUCUGCCAGGAGAGCCUGGCCAACUAGACUGUGGGCAGGUCACUGAAGACUUUUCUAGAGGAGAUGGAACUGAGCCAAUAUGGUCAGGUGCAGGCUGUGUGAGGCCACCACAGGGAUCCCGAGGCAGUCCAGGACUGCCAGGAGCCACAGGUGCAAAAGGUGCAAGAGGAUUCCCAGGUGAUCCAGGUCCAAUGGGAUUCCCAGGGCUAAAUGGUACACGAGGUGAUCCAGGUCGGGAAGGUUUACCAGGUCCUCCAGGUUUUACUGGGCCCAGGGGAGACAGGGGCCCAAACGGUCUACCCGGACUGCAGGGACACCCAGGCCUCACAGGAAAAUCUGGUGCUCCGGGAGCCACAGGACUGAAGGGCUUACCUGGCGAUGCUUUAGGUGCUGCAGCAGGUUCCCGAGGGGAUGUUGGGCUUCCUGGUUUCCCAGGGUUGAAAGGCUUUCCAGGAGAUCAAGGAGUACCAGGAGCUAGAGGAGCGGAUGGUAUGCCAGGUUUGCCAGGACCCAAAGGAGAGCCAGGGCCACAAGGUCUCCCUGGUUUGAUGGGAUUGCCGGGAACUCCAGGAACACGUGGGUUCCCAGGGCCACCAGGAAACCCUGGGCCAGAUGGCGGGCCUGGUUCUCAAGGACCUAUUGGUCCACCUGGUGCUAGGGGAGAAGAUGGUGAGCAAGGUUUUCCUGGCCCUGUGGGCAUGAAAGGUCUGUCUGGUGACAAAGGCGAAACAGGUUAUCCAGGAUUACAAGGUGUGCCUGGUGUGCCUGGUCCCCCUGGCAUAAGCGGAAUGGAUGGUUUUCCAGGAGACAAAGGUGCAAGAGGUUCACCUGGCAUUGAUGGUUUCAAAGGAAUGACAGGCCUAAAAGGAAGACCAGGCAUCAAGGGAAUCAAAGGAGAAUUUGGCCCACUGGGGGCUCAGGGCGAUAAAGGCUCACAAGGAGCACGUGGUUUUAAAGGUGACCGUGGGGAUCAAGGACCCCCAGGAGAACCCCCAAAGCUCAAGCCCAGCAUGAUGAUGGAAGUUAAAGGUGAAAAAGGAGAUGUUGGAGAAAGGGGCACAAAGGGAUUCUUUGGCUUAAAAGGUAGCAAGGGAAUGCCAGGUGUUCCUGGAAAGACAGGAACUCCAGGGUCCCCUGGGCAUCCCAGCUAUGUGGCUGGUGUGAAAGGAGACAUUGGCGCGAAAGGGCUGACAGGUCUGAAAGGGUAUCCAGGUCCAGCUGGCUCUCCUGGCAUCAGAGGCUUCCCUGGCACCACGGGAAUCAGGGGAGAAAAGGGUAUGCCAGGAAUUUCAGGCCAUUUUGGUACUCCUGGCUCACAUGGUGAAAUAGGUGAGCAGGGAGAAACUAUAAACUUGCCAGGAAUGCCAGGCCUUAAAGGGGAAGUUGGUGUGCCAGGCUUAACAGGCACAAGAGGAAGCACAGGACAAAAAGGUGAAGGUGGCGAUCCUGGUUUCCCUGGCAUUGAAGGCCUGAAGGGCGCUCAGGGUCUCCCUGGUACUGUGGGACAGGAAGGUUUGCCAGGACUGGUUGGCCCCCCAGGACAGCAAGGAAGCCCUGGGAUGACUGGAUUUCAAGGUGAAAAGGGAACUCCCGGCUGGCCUGGCUUACCAGGACAAGCAGGCUUGCCCGGCUUAAGAGGAAUCAGUGGACUGCAUGGUUUACCAGGCACUAAGGGUUUACCAGGAUCACCAGGUCCGGAUGGUUACGGCUCUGCAGGUUUCCCAGGUGCAGUGGGUGACAAAGGAGAAGCAGGAGAGCCAAGCAGAGUGGAAGGCAGCCAAGGACCUCCGGGUCAGAAGGGAGACAGAGGUGUUCCAGGAGUCCAAGGACCCUUUGGCAUUCCUGGGCAGGAAGGACCUCCAGGUCCUCCUGGGAUUUCAAAUAUAUCAGGACAUCCUGGUGAUAAAGGCUCCCCAGGUCUAGAUGGAGUGCCAGGCUAUCCAGGACUACAGGGACAGCCUGGAAUACCGGCUCCGCCAGGAAGCAAAGGAGAAAGUGGACAAACAGGUGUGAGUGGAGAAAUUGGCCCAAAAGGAAGUAGAGGGGAUCCUGGAUUAUCAGGGAGACCUGGCGUUCCUGGCUACCCUGGGCCAAAAGGUCGGAAGGGUGAACAAGGUGUCAUCGGCUUUAUGGGCCCAAUAGGAUUUCCAGGUGAUUUGGGACCUAUUGGACCCAAGGGGGAUAGAGGACUAACUGGCUUUCAGGGGCCUCCAGGCUCCCCUGGGCUGUCCCCUCUUCCUCCAAGGCUGGUUGCUGAGCAAGGUUCACCAGGUCCCCGUGGAAAUAUAGGACCUCCAGGAAGCCCAGGAGAUGUGGGACCUCAGGGUCCACCAGGCGAUCCAGGUUUCAGAGGCGCACCUGGAGAGCCAGGACUCCAGGGCAGGGGUGGAAUUCCAGCUCCUCCCGGCUCCAGAGGUGAACAAGGAGCAACAGGGUUUCAGGGUCCAGUAGGAUUUGAAGGUCAGCCAGGCCGCCCCGGUAGCCCCGGGCUGCCAGGCAUGCCAGGUCGCAGCGUUAGCAUGGGCUACCUGCUGGUGAAGCACAGCCAGUCCGAUCAGGAGCCAAUGUGCCCAGUUGGCAUGAACAAACUCUGGAGUGGAUACAGCCUGCUGUAUUUUGAAGGACAAGAGAAAGCACACAACCAGGAUCUAGGGCUGGCUGGCUCAUGUUUGGCUCGUUUCAGUACUAUGCCAUUCCUCUACUGUAACCCUGGUGAUAUUUGUUACUAUGCAAGUCGAAACGAUAAAUCCUACUGGCUCUCAACUACAGCACCUCUUCCAAUGAUGCCUGUGGCAGAAGAUGAAAUCAAGCCAUAUAUCAGUCGGUGCUCAGUUUGCGAGGCCCCAGCUGUGGCAAUUGCUGUCCAUAGCCAAGAAGCUUCUAUUCCUCACUGCCCUGAAGGCUGGCGCAGUUUGUGGAUCGGAUAUUCCUUCCUUAUGCACACUGCUGCUGGUGAUGAAGGUGGAGGCCAGUCGCUGGUUUCUCCUGGGAGCUGCCUAGAAGAUUUCAGAGCGACUCCUUUCAUCGAGUGCAAUGGAGCACGUGGAACCUGUCACUACUUCGCCAAUAAAUACAGCUUCUGGCUCACUACGAUUGACCAGCCCUUCCAAAGCAAGCCCUCGGCAGAUACACUAAAGGCAGGACUGAUCCGAAGCCAUAUCAGCAGAUGUCAAGUCUGUAUGAAAAACUUAUAGAAGUCUUU